AGGAAGCUCGGAUGGGCAGUGGCUGGUGCUUUAGUGACUGGAAAUAGAUUGUUUAUGAGUGGUUCGAGUUUAUUCAUGGAAGAAAACAGAGGUUGAGGUCAUCCCAUUUAAUUUAUAAAAGAAACUAUACAUUCUCUAAGGAGCAAUGACUGCUAUCAAGCAUGCCUUGCAGAGGGACAUUUUUACCCCAAAUGAUGAGCGGCUUCUGAGCAUAGUUAAUGUUUGUAAAGCAGGCAAGAAGAAGAAAAACUGCUUCCUGUGUGCCACGGUGACCACUGAGCGGCCAGUGCAGGUGAAGGUGGUGAAAGUUAAGAAGUCAGACAAAGGGGAUUUCUACAAGAGACAGACGGCAUGGGAACUCAGAGAGUUGGCUGUAGUAGAUGCUAAAGAUGCUAACAAGGAAAACCCGGAGUUUGACCUGCAUUUUGAGAAAGUAUAUAAGUGGGUUGCUAGCAGUACUGCUGAGAAGAAUUCUUUUAUCUCCUGCAUAUGGAAGCUCAACCAGAGGUACCUGAGGAAGAAAAUUGAUUUUGUCAAUGUCAGCUCCCAGCUGUUGGAAGAGCUUCCUAAAGCUGAAGAAUCCGUCCCAAGCGGAGAGAAUCAGAGUGUGGCAGGAGGGGAUGAAGAGACCCUGGACGAUUACCAGGAACUCAAUACAAGGGAAGAACAAGACAUUGAGAUAAUGAUGGAGGGCUGUGAAUAUGCCAUCUCUAAUGCAGAAGCCUUUGCAGAAAAAUUGUCUCGUGAACUGCAGGUGCUAGAUGGGGCCAACAUUCAGUCCAUCAUGGCAUCCGAGAAGCAAGUGAACACCCUGAUGCAGCUGCUUGAUGAGGCUCUGAAUGAAGUGGAUACGAUUGAGGGGAAGCUGAGCAGUUAUGAGGAGAUGCUGCAGAGUGUGAAGGAGCAGAUGGACCAGAUCUCCCAGAGCAAUCACCUAAUACAGCUAAGCAAUACCAAUAACGUCAGGCUCCUGGAAGAGAUUGAAUUCCUUGUGAACCAUAUGGACUUGUCAAAAGGUCAUAUAAAGGCGCUGCAGGACGGAGAUCUUUCUUCAUCAAAGGGCAUUGAAGCUUGUACUGAUGCUGCGGAAGCACUUUUGCAGUGCAUGAAUGUAGCACUCAGACCAGGACAUGACAAGCUUCAUGCCGUGAAACAGCAGCAACACCUGUUCAAUGAUUUGCGUGAACAGUUUGCAAGGAGACUUACCAACCAUCUUAACAACGUAUUUGUUCACCAGUUCAAUCACUUCACUCAGACCCUCCCCCACUUCUUUAGGGCUUCCUUUCUUUCACUUCCUGGUCAUGACCAAAGCGCUACACUGGCUCAGCACUCUGUUGAGCUGUCACUGCCCAAGCACAACCCAUUGCAUCGAGAUUUACUCAGAUAUGCAAAACUAAUGGAGUGGCUGAAGAAUGCUCAGCGUGAGAAGUAUGAAGGGUUAACAGGGAAUUAUGUUGAUUAUAUUGCAAGAUUGUAUGAGCGGGAAAUUAAAGAUUUUUUUGAAGUUGCAAAGAUUAAAAUGACAGGCUCAACUAAAGAGGGCAAAAAGUUUGCCACGCUUCCUCGAAAAGAGAGUGCUGUGAAGCAAGAAACAGAGAGCCUGCAUGGGAGUUCAGGAAAGCUCACUGGCUCAACAUCCAGCCUCAACAAACUACCAAUCCAGGGUGGAGGAAGUCGCAGAUCUCAGUCAUCCUCAUUGCUGGAUAUGGGCAACAUGUCUGCCUCAGACCUUGAUGUGGCAGACAGAACCAAAUUUGACAAGAUCUUUGAACAAGUUCUAAGUGAGCUGGAGCCUCUUUGUCUGGCGGAACAGGAUUUCAUCAGCAAAUUCUUUAAACUACAGCAACAGCCCAGCAUGCCAGGAUCUACAGCUGCAGACGGAGAGGAAGCAGAUGGUGCAGUGCCAUCAAGGCAUGUAUCUGUUGGGGAAAGACAGCAGACUUCAACGUCGGACAAGGAUUUGGUUCGGCACAUGAUGAAUAAAGUAUUUCAUUGUAUUGAGGUCGAACUCAAUAAUCUGAUUGCCCUUGGUGACAAGAUUGACAGCUUUAACUCGUUGUACAUGUUGGUGAAAAUGAGUCACCACGUUUGGACUGCAGAGAAUGUAGAUCCAGGUUCCUACCUCAGCACCACACUUGGAAAUGUCUUGGUGACAGUCAAAAGGAACUUUGAUAAAUGCAUUUCAACUCAAAUUAAACAAAUGGAAGAGGUGAAGAUCUCAAAGAAGAGCAAGGUUGGCAUCCUUCCGUUUGUUACUGGUAUUGAGCAGUUUGCAGAGCUGGCCGAGACAAUCUUUAGAAACGCAGAGCGACGUGGAGAUUUGGACAAGGCCUAUGUGAAACUUAUCAGAGCGGUGUAUUUCAAUGUUGAGAAAGUUGCAAAUGAAAGCCAAAAGACACCCAGAGAUGUUGUGAUGAUGGAGAACUUCCAUCACAUCUUUUCAACUCUGUCCCGUCUGAAGAUCUCCUGCCUAGAGACUGAGAGGAAAGAAGCCAAAUACAAGUACACUGAUCACCUGCAGUCCUAUGUCAUUUACUCUCUGGGACAGCCUCUGGAGAAACUUAAUCAUUUCUUUGAGGGUGUUGAGGCUCGUGUAGCACAGGGAGUGAGAGAGGAAGAAGUGAGCUACCAACUGGCCUUUAACAAACAGGAGCUGCGCAAAGUUAUCAAGGAAUAUCCAGGGAAAGAGGUGAAGAAGGGGUUGGACAACCUCUACAAAAAAGUGGACAAGCACCUCUGUGAGGAGGAGAACCUGCUGCAGGUUGUGUGGCAUUCAAUGCAGGAUGAGUUCAUUCGGCAGUACAAGCACUUUGUUGGGUUAAUCGGUCGCUGUUAUCCUGGGUCUGGGAUAACAAUGGAUUUCACUAUUCAAGACAUUCUUGAAUAUUUCUCCAGCAUUGCCCAGUCUCAUUAAUUUGGAAUAAGGAACACAAGAUGUCUGCAAGAUACUGCUUGUUCGUGUGUGCUCUGGAUUGUGUGGAGAUAUAUAAACACUCCUUUCUCAAUUCAUGUGUUAAAUUAAAUAUGUAAAGGACUUUCUGUAUUUUCCUCAAGAAAAAAGGGGUGUUUAAUUUUAUAUUUUUACCAUUUGUAACCAAGACUGUUUAGUACAGUUUCUUUGCAGUGGCAUGUGUGUCUCUUCCAUUAAGGAAGGGAAGUUUGUACUAUGAUGUGAUGUUUGUUAUGGUAGAGGCGAGGUAUGUGUUUGUAGUUAACGCAGAGGGGGAAUACAUUGCCGCCAAUGCUGAUCAACAGGACACUGCUGAUAUACUCCCAGAUAAGCAUUCUUCAGUUGAAGAAUAAUGUUAUUUCUUGUGAAAGGUUGAUUGGCAUAAGCAUUAAUGUCUUUAACACUAUUAGUAUUAGCCUACUUAUUGCCACUAAUCUGUGAGGAUGUUUUGUAACAAUACUAAUUAUGUUUGCAUUUCAGCCAGUGAAUAUUAGUUUACAGUUUUAUCUAAAAGCAUUAAGUGGAACAUUCAGACAUGAAAUAAAGGCCAAGGGUUUGCUAAUAAAAUAAUAAAAUACAUACCUUAAAUAUAUAUUUCACAAACUAUGUUUCUCAUAGAAUGUUUGUUAUUUACUGGUUUCAGAUUUACUAAAAUAGUGAUUUGUACUUUAUUUUCUCUGUGUAGAAUAAUUAACAAUUUUUAUAAAUGUGUGCAGAAUUCUAACUGAUUACAAAAUAGUAUACACUAUAACAGGGGUCUGUAACCCUGGUCCUGUAGAGCCCAAGUCCUGCAGGUUUUAUAGGUGUCUAUGUCACCAGUGACUGAAGAUCUGGAAGACCUGUUCAUCUUGAAUAAUUAAACCAGUAAUUGGUUCAAGUAACUGAGAGCUCAGUUGAAACGAAAACCAGAAGACCCUGUAGAGCUUUCCUGGACCAGGCUGGAGACUCCUGCGUUAUAGGGAUUUUGUUUUGCACUUCAAUUAAUCUUUGCAAGAUGUUUGAAUACAUUAUGCACUGGCCAAAGUUGUUUAAAAACAUGUCUAGUUACAUUGUCCAUUGUGUCAAACCAGCUAGCUGCAAUUGAUGAGUAACUAACUACAGUUGAGUUUUGCAAAUAAGUUGUUUGCUUAUUUCAUUGUACACUAUUAUCAGUGUAAGGUACAUAUGUGCUCUUAUGAUCAUGCCAAAUAAUUAAUAAAAAUAUUUCUUUCUCAGUUUGAUAUGAUUUUGUCACUUUCAGAAUAGGUGCAUAAUUUUGGCUAUUCUGGUACAAAAUACUGUACAUGCAUAAAAUACAAAAGCUUUAGAGAUUGAUGGUAGUUCAGUUAUACAGUACUUGCUUAAUCGCCUAUUGCCUCCCACUCUCCCAACAUGUAAAAUAUGAACAAAACAAGUUAUCAGUUUGGUGAUGAAAUAUUGUACUUUUUAUAACGGCUUUAAAUAAAAGCACGUAAGUCACCAAAA